UCCUUUAAAAUCAAUCAUGAAUUUCGCUUUAAAUAAGAGUGUCCAAAAGGGCGGUUGUCAAGUUCUGGGCCUUAACAAGUACAGUAUACAACAGUGGCUGAAGACUAUCGAUACGAUCAUUUACGAUGGAGAUGGUGUCCUGUGGAACCACGAUAAAGUCCUUGAAAAGGCGCCAGAAACCUUCAACGCUCUUCGUGCGAUGGGAAAAGAAGCCUUUAUUUGCACUAAUAACUCGGUGAGUUCGGUGGCGGGAAUCUUCAGGAAGGCACAGGAAAUGGGUUUUCUGGUGGCCCAGAAUGAGAUCUUAUCCUCAGCCCAGACUUUAGCCAGAUUUAUGAAGGAAAAGCGAUUCAAAAAGAAAGCUUUUGUGGUGGGUGGUCAGGGAAUCGUCGAUGAACUCAAGUUGGUGGGCAUCGAAUCGCUGCCGUUAGAAGAAUCCUCUUUGCAGAAUAUCUCGAUGCCAGAAGACAUCCUCAAUUUCUUUUUGGAUCCCGAAGUGGGUGCCGUGGUGGUGGGAAGUGAUGAUGACUUCAAUGCCAUCAAAUUGACAAAAGCCAGUUGCUAUCUUAAGGAUCCCGAGGUCAUGUUUGUGGCCACCAGCCGUGAUAUGUCCUUUCCGGCGGCUCCUGGACGAAUGGUUCCCCGAUCCGGAGUCAUGGUGGCCGCCAUUCAGGCAGCCACUCAACGGAUGCCCUUCACCUGUGGCAAACCCAAUCCCUAUAUGUGCAUCGAUCUGAUGCGACAGGGACUAAUUCAGCCGGAGAGGACUUUAAUUGUGGGAGAUACCAUGCAGACAGAUAUUCUCUUUGGCUACAAUUGCGGCUUUCAAACUCUGUUGGUGGGCAGUGGGGUCAAUAGCUAUCAGGAUGCCAUCGAGGCGCAGGCAUCCAAGGUUCCCUCACUUUAUCAGCAAGUUCCCGAUCUAUUUGUGCCGAAACUUUCCAACCUUUUACCCUUUCUAUCAUCUCGAAAUAGAUAAGUUGUAAUUUAUUGCAUGUUAAGUAAACUAAGGGUAUAUUAAACCGCCAAAAAA